CACUGCUCAGAAGGACCUGAACAGGCAAGUGCUGCUGGCGAAUUAAAGGAAUACAACCUACCCCAGAUGAUGAAACUGGAACUGAGGAGGUAUUGAUUCCAAAGUAUCAUUCCUGCAAGAUCAGAAUCUCAUACUUUUAAGAGAACUCCACAAAAGUAUUGCCAAGGAAGUCAAAAUUUAGAAAGCUGCUCUGAAGGGAAAGAGACGACUCAAGAGGCCACUGGGAUGCCCCAAGCAAGAGGAAAUGAGGAGAAAGACGAGAAACUUCAAAUAUAAGACAGUUAAAGACAAUAAAACACUCAUAGAAGUGAGUGACCAAGAAUCUGAAAAAGAUGGUAGUCAGUGCUCUGACCCUCCAACAAACGAGAGAAUUCAGGCUGAAAAGAGACAGUAUGUAUGUACUGAGUGCGGGAAAGCCUUUAGUCAGAGCGCAAACCUUACGGUACAUGAGCGAAUCCACACAGGGGAGAAACCCUAUAAGUGUAAGGAGUGUGGAAAAGCCUUCAGUCAUAGCUCCAACCUUGUUGUUCAUCGGAGAAUCCACACUGGACUGAAGCCCUACACAUGCAGUGAAUGUGGGAAAUCUUUCAGUGGUAAGUCACACCUCAUUCGGCACCAGGGAAUUCACAGUGGGGAGAAAACUUAUGAGUGUAAGGAGUGUGGGAAAGCCUUUAGUCGGAGUUCAGGUCUUAUUUCACAUCACAGAGUUCACACUGGGGAGAAGCCCUACACUUGUAUCGAGUGUGGGAAAGCUUUUAGCCGUAGUUCAAACCUCACUCAACAUCAGAGGAUGCACAAAGGAAAAAAAGUUUACAGAUGUAAGGAGUGUGGGAAAACAUGUAUUUCUAAUACAAAGAUUAUGGACCAUCAGAGAAUUCACACAGGGGAGAAGCCUUAUGAAUGUGAUGAGUGUGGAAAAGCUUUCAUCUUAAGGAAGACCCUUAAUGAACAUCAGAGACUUCAUCGUAGAGAGAAACCUUACAAAUGUAACGAGUGUGGGAAAGCUUUUACUUCUAAUCGAAACCUUAUUGAUCAUCAGAGAGUUCACACUGGAGAGAAACCUUAUAAAUGUAAUGAAUGUGGAAAAACCUUCAGGCAGACUUCUCAAGUUAUUUUACAUUUGAGAACCCACACUAAGGAGAAGCCCUAUAAAUGUAGUGAGUGUGGGAAAGCCUAUCGUUAUAGCUCACAGCUUAUUCAACACCAGAGAAAACAUAAUGAGGAGAAAGAAACCUCAUAAAUAACAUGUAUUGUUGGUAGUAGAACUAAUUGCUCCUUUUUGGAAAAGCAAUUUUUCAGUAUCAUCAACUUUAAUUCUGUUUCUAAGAAUCCGUACAGGGGAAGUAAUCAGAAGCAGACAAAGAUUAACAGAAGGGAUAUUCAUGCCAGCAUCAUAUAUAACUGAAGGAAGAAAACUAGAUUUUCAACAGUGCAGGGUUUAAAUGAAUGAUGGUCUAUCCGUAUGAUGGUUUUGCAGCCAUUGUAAACAUUUUUAAAGCAUAUUUAAUGCCAUGAGGGAAAUGAUUUGGAUAAAAUGGAAGAUAAAUGAAAGAGAAAACAAUGAAGUAUGAUCCAAAUUUUUGAAAACAUUUAUGCAUUGGAAAAAAAUGGGAAUGAAAUGAUACCAAACCAAAAUAUUAACAGUGAUUAUCCCUGGGUGAUAGGAUUAUAGGUGAUUUCUAUUUUCUUCUUUAUACUUUUUUAUGCUUUUUAGAUUUUCUACAAUGAGAAUAUACUACUUUUAUAUUCAGGAAAAAUUACAGUAUUUUUAAAAGGCAGUGAGUACAUGCUUGUUUUCCCUCAACAGUGUUAUGAAAAGCACAUAGAACACAGGCUCACAAAUCCUGGGAUUGCACCCUAAUACUGGCACUUAGUAGCAGUGGAACCAUGAGCAAGUCACUUCCUUUUAGAGCCUUGUUUCCUGUUUAUUAAAUCAUAAAUACCAGUC